UUCAAUCAUUUGUCGUGAGCUGGAAAUAAAGAAUGUCAUGAUUAUAUCCAAUUCCCCCAGAGAACAAGUAAAGUACGACGGAGUCGAUAUUUUUAAUACUGUGUUGUUUAAGUUGGUUAGUCUUGUGACUACAGUGAGCUCUAACAAAUAAAAAUGUAAUAUGCAGAUAGUGACUAUCGUGUAUAGUUGAACAUUAUUUUACUAGCCGUGAUCAGAAUCUUGACAUUAGAAAUAUAUUACUAUGAAAUCGUGGGUAAAGUUGUUUGUAGUCGCUGUAUUUGUUUUCUUAUGGUGUUACCUUGCAUUUUCUGGUCUGGUAAAGCUACCAGAACUUGACAUUUUGAAGGACAUGACCAGUGGCAUCAAAUCAGAAAAUAAUAGAUUAGACUGGAAAACUGUGGAUGUUUACAAUAAGUCACUUCCUGAAGGCGUUAAUAAGAAGGAUGUCAGUCUUGUGACAGGCAUUAUAAAAAUAGAGGGUAUAAGUAUGUUCUUCCGCAAGGCAUUACCUUCUACCAGUAUGAAAUCAUCUGGUGAGGCAAUACUCCUUCUCCAUGGCCGAAGCUUCAAGUCAGAAACAUGGCAAAAUCUUGGAACAAUGAAUCUCAUGGCAGGGAUUGGCCAUCUUGUUGUAGCAGUUGAUUUACCAGGUUAUGGAGAAACUCAGGGACUUUAUCAUGGUGAUAAAUCAAAGUUUAUUCUUUCCAUAAUACAAUCUGAACUGCUAAGUGGGAUCCAUCCUGUUCUCAUCUCACCUUCAAUGAGUGGUGAAUAUUCUGUGAAGUUUGUGGGUGAACAUGCAGAUUUAUUGUCAGGUUUUAUCCCAGUUGCACCAGUGGCAACAAGUUCAGUCUCCCAAGACAUUCUUCAGACUGUAAAGGUUCCAACACUGAUAGUUUAUGGAGAAAAUGAUAACACACCAAUGGCCAAGGAAGCUCCUCAUAACUUGAGAAUUAUGCCGAAUAGUCGAGAAGUUCCACUGAAGGACGCUGGACAUGCAGCUUAUUUAGAUCAGCCGGGUGUGUUUCACAAGUUGCUUUAUAAUUUUAUGGAACUCGUACAUCAAUGAUGUAUGAAAAAACGUUUGCUUUACAUAUUUAUGCAAUCUGCGUACCAUUGUAUGUUGAAGUAGAGUUGGUUUUUACAGGUUCUUACCCUCAAGAAAUGUUACGGACUGUGUGGAAAGAAGAGCAUUUUUUGGCAAAUUUAAUUAGAAACAGAAAAGACCAGUGUUUAGUUUUUAUUUAAUUUUUCAAAAUAUUCCCGUAUUGUACUUUAAAGUAAGUCCCACAUGAUUUACCAAGGUGAUCAUAGCUAGUAUGGACGAUUUGCUGUGGCUUGGACACCCAGAGUUUGAUUCAUAGCAGGGGCAGGGAUUUUUAUCUUUGCUACUUCAUCCACUCUGGCAGUAAGGCCCACCCAACAUCCUAUUUAAUGGUUGCUGAGGCUCUUCUUCUCCUGUCAUGAAACAGCCAGAGUAACCACUCACUUUCACUUAGUACCAAAGACCUGAAUGAUGGAGUUUUACCUCUGUGCGUCCUGUUCGUGUUAAUGAUAUCGUGCUGUGGCCAGAGAGUGCAUUUGAAGACUCGUAUACAUUAGGUGCCAUAGUGCAGAAUGUAUGGAACAUUGCCUGGGUUUCCUGUCUAUAUCUACAUGGUGUGGUGCUUCGGCACAGGGGCAACUAUAUCUGCUAAUGAGUUCAAGCUCUGUGUUAUUUAAUCUCUUCAAACCUGAGCCUUUGUCUCCCAAGUAUCGUCAUGCACAGUCCAGUUUUCUAGGCAGUAGCCCUCUAGUAUGUUGUAUGUAGUAGUAGUAGUAGUAGUAGUAGUAGUAAUAAUAAUAAUAGUAGCAGCAGUAGUAGUAGUAAUGGUAGUAGUAUGAUAGAGGUUAAUUGAGUUUUGUACUGUUUCUUUUACAUGGUGCCUUACAGUGACAUUAAAAUAAAAGUUUUUCAUAGGUAUAACAUAAUUUUGUAAUUUUAGGCUACUACCAAGAAGAGAUGUUAGUAGGCUGUGAAAACUUGAUGUAAGGAGGGAUUUGAGGUUGUCACAGUGACAAGCAUAAAGAUGUCUGUCUUCUGGGUUGUAAUGCCAUUUAGGCUGGAAGAAGUUUAGCAACAUUUUCAUAAGUGCUUUCUGCCUCCAUCAUCAGGGCAGUGAGUCUCUGAGAUGUCAAUAAACUACUACCAGACCACUUGGUGCUGUAACCCAGAAGACAUCCAUCUUGGCAGGAGGAGGGUUGUGAAGGUGUCUCAGUGCAACACAUGCUUUCAUGUCAGUUUCAGACAUUUUGGAUGUUGUACUAAGGGUGAUGGGAGGAGUUAUGCAAUGCGAUUUUGGAGCAGUAGAUAUUUAUGUACAAUAAAUGAACAUUAAAGCCAGAGAAGUGUACAAAACAGCAAAAUAUGUGUACGCUGGCUUUCUUUUUACCACUUUUUCCAUGGCAGUCAGUUUUCCAAGUCAUUUAGUGUGCAAUACAUAAAAUGUGCUUUGGAUUUGUAUGAAUAAAGAAUUGUAUAGCUAGGGGAAAAUUCAGUUGAUAACUCUGUUAUAUAUGUGCUGGAUAUGGGCAUUUGACCCAUAUUUUAUGUAUGGAGUUUGUCUUGUGUGUUUAAAGUGUAAUUAGUAUGUUCGAAGUAGUAGUGGAAUCAUUUGUUGAUUUUAUAGCUUUAUUGUAUUUUAUACAUGGAAAAUUUGAAGACAUUAAAAAAAUAAAUACUCUCUGUGUAGACAAAGAUAAAACUAGAAUUUAGA